AGUGACUUCAAGCUCAGUGGAUUCUCCAACAGGGACGACUUUGAACCACCGACGAGAUGUCAUUACGAUUUAAAGACGCCUUUUGGGGAGUGGACUUCAUCAGUAAUACUGGAUAUGAGACGAUCAGUUUGAGACUUAAUGAUGGUCGACGGACAUGCAAAGACAUGGAGGAGCUCUUGAAAAUGAGGGCAUCAGCAGAGGAGAAAUAUGGUAAAGAACUAGUCACAAUUGCACGCAAGGCCGGCGGUUUAUAUGAGACCUGCACUUUGAGAACAUCUUUUGAUGAAAUGAAAACACAACUUGAAAACGUAGGAAACUUUCACAUUCAGCUGUCUACGUCGCUGAAGGAGGAGGCGAAGAGAAUGGAGCAGUUCAGAGAGCGACAGAAAGAACAAAGAAAAAAGUCUGACGUCAUCAUGGAGAAGGUCCAGAAGACGAAAGUCUCUCUCUUCAGGAAAACAAUCGACUCUAAAAGAUCCUAUGAGCAGCGCUGCAGGGAGGCAGAGGAGACAGAGCAAACUGCCGAGAAGACGGCCAGCGCUUCCACAGCUACUCCCAAACAGAUUGAGAAGAUGAACAACAAAUCUAAACAGUGCAGAGAAGCCACUGUGGAGGCUGAGAAACAGUACAUGUUAAACACUGACCAGCUUGAAAAGACUCAUAAAGAGUGGGAAUCAACACACAUCAACACAUGUGAGACAUUUCAGCAGCAGGAAGAGGACCGCCUCAGCGUCCUAAGGAAUGCUUUGUGGGUGCACUGUAACCAGUUAUCAAUGCAGAGUGUUAGAGAUGAUGAGUGUUACGAGGAUGUGAGGACAACACUGGAAAAUUGUGACAUCAUCGCGGACAUUAACAGCUUUGUGGAGACAAAAAGCACCAGCUCGACCCCCUCAGCUCCAAUUGAAUUCCAAAGUUUCUAUGAGAAGGAUUCUGCAGAGGACAGAAAUGGCAGCACUGGAUUUGUAGGAGUGAUGAAAAGGUUUUCAAAUCUUCUGCAGUCAAACUGUUCCAAUGGAUCCAAAUUGAGUAUCAAUGAACUAGUUGCACAACCUACUGCAGGAACAUCCGACGGAGUUUAUGCUUCCAUGACUGAAUGUCCCGGGUUGCAGACGAGAAGUGAGGGUUACAAGGUUGUUUACAACUAUGCGGCACAGGGAAAUGAUGAGCUCUCUGUGUCGGUCGGGGAUGCAGUGGUUGUCAUAGAUCAAGGUGAGGAUGGCUGGUGGACGGUGAAAAGAAAUGGCCUCACUGGAUUGGUCCCGGGCUCUUACCUUGCCAAAGAAUGAGUUUACCUGACAGUCCCUCAUGUCAUAUUUUGUUCUGGCCUCGUCAUUUCAAAUUGUCUUAUAUUCAAGCUUAUUUGUCUUACAUAAUUGUGUUCGGACGCAUCAUUAAACUCUCUUUGAGUAUGUUUUUAAAAUGGGACAUGUCACAUGCUAGCACGAGCCAGUUUGGACAUAUGUAUUGGUAUGACACAUGUUCAUGUUGCUUGGCCUUUAUUGCUGGUGUGCUGAGUGCCCCUCAUACCAAUGACAGCUGGGAGAUUAACUGAUCUGUUGCACAAGGUCGCUGCACUAAGUUUAUUCAGAUUCUGUGGCACACUUGUAUAUCUGCAGUCUAAAUUAUGAAGCAGAGUGCUUUAUUUCUGUUGUUGACCUGUAUAUUAUGUAUACGAGUAGUUGUUUUUUUAAUCUAUUUUUUCUUAAUGUUUCUAUCAGAAGAAUUAAACAAAGUAGCUGAAACGCAACCAGUUACUAUUCUUGGGUCUUAUGGUUGAGCAGUCUGCUCCCCCUGGUUUAAACGGAUCUGGUUACUGAGCAACGGGGGGAGACGACUAUAUCUCAUGAUUCCAGUAAGAGCUGAUAUAUAAUAUGCUUGUGUUACAUAUUGAGCUCAGGGUAACUUUGAAACCACAACAAGAUACAAGGCCUAUAAGAUUAGACACAGACCAACGCAUUUGACUACAUAUGUAAACCUGUUACACCCCUCCCUCAUGAGAAACUCCUGAAUUUUGUUGACCUGUGAAUAUGAACUUCCGUCAAGCAGAAAGAAAAUAAAAACAGUUUGGGAAGCAAUAUCAUCUCUUUGUAAAGAAUUGUCAGAGAGAGAAAAAACAAUAAAUUAGAAAACACACUCAUUUAAUUCCCCACCUUUUAUUUACAUUAUUGAGUCUUGCUAUUGGAACACAUCAGCAAAUCAAAUUCUUAAACUACCAGGACUGGAGUGCUGAGCCAAAAACAAACAAAACAGCUAUAGGACAAAGUCUAACUUGAGUUAUGAAUACAUUACUACUUGAAAAACCCCACACACGGAAGAGGAUUAUAGAGAU